UUUCGUUGCCGCUGUAUCAUGGCGGCCAAGUUAUCGGCUGAUAGUGUUGAAACGCCUCCGCCUAAACAAGUUCCGCCCGAGGCCUCAUUCGCCGAUUCCAGAGACGGUAGCCGCACUGCCUCGGCGUCGGUUUCGGCCUCUCCCGAGGUUAACGUAAUCCAUGUGCCCAGCCACUCCAGUUGGUUUACAUGGAAUGGCAUACAUGAAUGCGAAGUUCGGCAUCUCCCUGAGUUCUUCGAUUCUGCUUCGCCAUCCAAGAAUCCUAGGGUUUACAAGUACUACAGGAAUUCCAUUGUCAAGCAUUUCAGGGAUAAUCCCACUAGAAAGAUUACCUUCACCGAUGUCAGGAAAACUCUUGUGGGGGAUGUUGGUUCCAUCCGUAGAGUCUUUGAUUUCCUGGAGGCAUGGGGCUUGAUCAAUUAUCAGCCAUCCUCGGCGGUCACAAAACCCCUGAAGUGGGAGGACAAGGAGACCAAGCCCGAAGCUGGGUCUAAUUCGAACGAAUCAUCAACUCCAAUUCGAGAGACUUCCAGGAGAGUCUGCAGUGGUUGCAAAGCUGUCUGUACCAUUGCUUGCUUUGCUUGCGAUAAGUAUGACUUGACUCUCUGUGCAAGAUGUUAUGUCCGUGGCAAUUAUCGAGUUGGUGUGAGCUCUUCAGAUUUCAGGCGAGUAGAGAUCAGUGAAGAGACCAAGACAGAUUGGACAGACAAGGAAACUUUGCAUCUUCUGGAGGCCAUUAUGCAUUAUGGUGAUGACUGGAGGAGGGUUGCUCAGCAUGUUGGUGGUCGGACUGAGAAGGAUUGCAUUGCCCAUUUUAUCAAGCUUCCAUUUGGGGAGGAAUUUCUAAAUCAAUAUUCUGGUGUUAGUGAUGACAAAGGUAAUCAAUUAAAGGGACCUGUAGAUGCUGACAGCGGACUGGAAAGUAUUGGUGCAGCAGAACCAAGUAAAAGAAUGCGUCUAACACCUCUUGCAGAUACAAGCAACCCUAUAAUGGCACAGGCUGCUUUCCUAUCUGCUUUAGUGGGGGCAGAGGUUGCACAGGCUGCUGCUCGAGCUGCAGUGAGAACUCUGUCUGAGGUUUACAAAACAGCUAGAAUAAAAUAUCAGUCAUUUCCAAGGAAUAUGCUAUUGCAAGAUACUGAUAAGGCAGUUAAUGGGGGCACUGCGUCUGAUUCGUUUGAAUGGACUCGGUUGCAAGCAAAUGCACAGCUUGAGAAGGAGGAAUCGGAUUUGGAAAAAGCAAUUUCUGUGAUUAUAAAUGUUCAGAUGAAGAAUAUCCAUGACAAGCUUGUUCGUUUUGAAGAUUUAGACCUGCUGUUGGAGAAAGAAGGCCAACAGUUGGAGCAAAUGAAGAAUAUACUUUACGUUGAUAAGCUUACACUUCUAUUUCAUAGACGGUCGAAGCCAAAAACUGGAGAGCACACGGAAGAGGAUAAUAUUAACUAAGGUUGAUGACUAGUCUUAGUUUCUUACCUAUUUUAGGUUUCUUCUCAACUAUCCUGUACUUUUAGUUUGCUCAGGCGCUGCACACAUCUGACUUCCCCCUGUAGUAUGUAAAUGUGACUGGCAAAAUGGAUUUGAGUAGUCCAGGGACGUCUCUCUCACUAACAUUGACCUAAAAUUUGGAUAUCCUGUAGGGGAUUUUUCCAGGGUAUUCAUCUUUUGUUCUGAGAAAGGAUAUCAGGAAGUGAGCAAAGGAGGUGAUUUUGUUUUCCGCA